GCUUUGCCGCGCUCGGUGCACUUGGGCGAGAGCAGGAACGUGGAACGGAGCUCCGAUCCCAGCGCAGCCACCGCAAUGAGAGGCGCUCGCGGCGCCUGGGAUUUUCUCUGCGUCCUGCUUCUCCUGUUCCGCGUCCAGACAGGCUCUUCUCAACCAUCUGUGAGUCCAGGGGAACUGUCUCCACCAUCCAUCCAUCCAGCAAAAUCAGAGUUAAUCGUCAGUGUUGGCGACGAGAUUAGGCUGUUAUGCGCUGAUCCAGGCUUUGUCAAAUGGACUUUUGAGACCUGGGGUCAGUUGAGUGAGAAUACACACAAAGAAUGGGUCACGGAGAAAGCAGAGGCCACAAACACGGGCAGUUACACAUGCACCAAUGAAGGCGGCCUAAGCAGUUCCAUUUAUGUGUUUGUUAGAGAUCCUGCAAAGCUUUUCCUCUUUGAUCCUUCCUUGUAUGGGAAAGAAGGCAGUGAUACGCUGGUCCGCUGUCCUCUGACAGACCCAGAGGUGACCAAUUACUCCCUCAUGGCGUGCGAGGGGAAAUCUCUUCCCAAGGACUUGACGUUCGUCGCUGAUCCCAAGGCCGGCAUCACGAUCAGAAACGUGAAGCGCGAGUAUCAUCGACUGUGCUUGCGCUGCUCUGCAGACAAGGAUGGCAAGUCAGUGCUGUCGAAUAAGUUCACCCUGAAAGUGAGGGCAGCCAUCAGAGCUGUGCCAGUUGUGUCUGUCUCCAAAGCAAGCUAUCUUCUUAGGGAGGGGGAAGAAUUUUCAGUGACGUGCUUGAUAAAAGAUGUGUCUAGUUCCGUGGACUCAAUGUGGAUAAGGGAAAACAGCCGGCAGACUAAAGAACAGGUAAAGAGUAGUAGCUCACAUCAGGGUGACUUCAAUUUUGUACGUCAGGAAAGGCUGACUAUCAGCCCAGCAAGAGUUAACGAUUCUGGAGUGUUCAUGUGUUACGCCAAUAAUACUUUUGGAUCAGCAAAUGUCACAACAACCUUGGAAGUAGUAGAUAAAGGGUUCAUUAAUGUCUUCCCUAUGAUGAAUACUACCGUAUUUGUGAACGAUGGAGAGAAUGUAGAUCUGAUUGUUGAAUAUGAAGCCUACCCCAAACCUGAACACCAGCAGUGGAUAUAUAUGAACAGGACCUCCGCUGAUAAGUGGGAAGAUUAUCCCAAGUCUGAGAACGAAAGUAAUAUCAGAUAUGUGAGCGAACUUCAUCUGACUAGAUUAAAAGGCACCGAAGGAGGCACUUACACGUUUCUAGUGUCCAAUUCUGAUGUCGAUUCUUCCGUGACAUUUAAUGUUUACGUGAACACAAAACCAGAAAUCCUGACUCGUGACAGGCUCAUGAAUGGCAUGCUCCAGUGUGUGGCAGCAGGAUUCCCAGAGCCCACAAUAGAUUGGUAUUUUUGUCCAGGAACUGAGCAGAGAUGUUCCAUUCCUGUGGGGCCGGUGGAUGUGAAGAUACAAAACUCAUCCGUGUCACCGUUUGGAAAACUCGUGGUUCAAAGCUCCAUCGAUUACAGUGCAUUCAAGCACAACGGCACGGUCGAGUGUAGGGCUUACAAUGAUGUGGGCAAGAGUUCGGCCUUUUUUAACUUUGCAUUUAAAGGUAACAACAAAGAGCAAAUCCAUCCCCACACUCUGUUCACGCCUUUGCUGAUUGGUUUCGUGGUCGCCGCUGGCAUGAUGUGCAUCAUCGUGAUGGUUCUUACCUACAAAUAUUUACAGAAACCCAUGUAUGAAGUACAGUGGAAGGUUGUUGAGGAGAUAAAUGGAAACAAUUAUGUGUACAUAGACCCAACGCAACUUCCUUAUGAUCACAAAUGGGAGUUUCCCAGAAACAGACUGAGUUUUGGGAAAACCUUGGGUGCUGGCGCCUUCGGAAAGGUUGUUGAGGCCACUGCCUAUGGCUUAAUUAAGUCGGAUGCGGCCAUGACUGUUGCUGUGAAGAUGCUCAAGCCAAGCGCUCAUUUAACGGAACGAGAAGCCCUAAUGUCUGAACUCAAAGUCUUGAGUUACCUUGGUAAUCACAUGAAUAUUGUGAAUCUUCUCGGAGCAUGCACCGUUGGAGGGCCCACCCUGGUCAUUACGGAAUAUUGUUGCUAUGGUGAUCUUCUGAAUUUUUUGAGAAGAAAACGUGAUUCAUUUAUUUGCUCAAAGCAGGAAGAUCACGCAGAAGCAGCACUUUAUAAGAACCUUCUGCAUUCAAAGGAGUCCUCCUGCAAUGAUAGUACUAAUGAGUACAUGGACAUGAAACCUGGAGUUUCUUAUGUCGUACCCACCAAGACAGACAAGAGGAGAGCUGCGAGAAUAGGCUCGUACAUAGAAAGAGACGUGGCUCCGUCCAUCAUGGAAGAUGACGAGCUGGCCCUAGACCUGGAAGACCUGCUCAGCUUUUCUUACCAGGUGGCGAAGGGCAUGGCGUUCCUUGCCUCGAAGAACUGUAUUCAUAGGGACUUGGCAGCCAGAAAUAUCCUCCUUACUCAUGGUCGAAUCACAAAGAUUUGUGAUUUUGGUCUAGCCAGAGACAUCAAGAAUGAUUCUAAUUAUGUGGUCAAAGGAAAUGCUCGGCUACCUGUGAAAUGGAUGGCACCUGAAAGCAUUUUCAACUGUGUCUACACAUUUGAAAGUGAUGUCUGGUCCUAUGGGAUUUUUCUGUGGGAGUUGUUCUCUUUAGGAAGCAGCCCCUACCCUGGAAUGCCAGUCGAUUCUAAGUUCUACAAGAUGAUCAAGGAAGGUUUCCGAAUGCUCAGCCCUGAGCAUGCACCUGCUGAAAUGUAUGACAUAAUGAAGACUUGCUGGGAUGCUGAUCCCCUGAAAAGGCCAACAUUCAAGCAGAUCGUGCAGCUAAUUGAGAAGCAGAUUUCAGAUAGCACCAAUCAUAUUUAUUCCAACUUAGCGAACUGCAGCCCCCGUCAGGAGAACUCCGCGGUGGACCAUUCUGUGCGGAUCAAUUCUGUCGGCAGCAGCGCUUCCUCCACCCAACCUCUGCUGGUCCACGAAGAUGUCUGAAGCAGAACGAGUGUCUGGGGGUCUCCCCAACAAGAAUGAUCCCCGUUCUUUUGGUUUCCAUGAUGGUUAUUUUGUUUUCCUUCGACUUGCAUCCUGCUCCAGGGUAGUAGACAGCCCGCUGUAAUCCCAUCUUCAUGAGCACUCUUUGGUGGCUGAUGAUUUUUGUCGUCAGCCACAUCCCAUUAUAAGGUUCGAACUGCAUAUGUUCCCAAUAGCCAAGUAGCCCCCAUUAAUGAAAACAGUUCUGACUUGGAGAAAUGGAGAGUGGGAUGGGCUAGACACCCUGAGUCCUUUCCAAGGCUUCUCCAAUUUCUGUUCAAAAGGAUGGUUGAUAGUUUAUUUGAAUAAGUGGCACAUGUGACCCUCGUAACCAUCCAUAGUGAUAUGAUGACACUGCAAGAUUAGAAGCUGAAACCUAAGCCCUUGAUGUGGAAAAUACAAUGUUAUUAGAACAAGGGACAGAAAUCUAUGAAUGUCUGGGCUUAAGAAAUCUAGUAUUUCAUGCUGGGAAUGAGACGUAAGCCAUGAAAAAAUGCUCCUGAGCAUGAAUAAAGACUUGCUGCUCUGCACAAGCCUGUGUACUAGGGGCCUGGUUUCUAAACAGAGUUUGCUAUUAGGGAGCUGAAGUGGAGAGAAGGCCUCCCCAGCCAGCAUUUGUAUAUACUCAUCUAUAAAUGUACAUGUUCAUAUAGUUGAGGGGGGAAAACCCACAAGAUGUCGUUUCUGGAUACAACCCUGGCUCCAGUCUGCUGUGUGUAGGAAUAGGUUCAGAGCCAGACGAGUUUGAAGGAAACAGUUCAUGUGUUUUUGUUAAAGAAAAAACAUAAUUGCCAAGCACAAUCAUAACAAAAAUCUCCUUUUGUAGUUGAGGAACUUGCUCUCUAGAUUCUCCAGAAUAAGCCUACCAGGUUCAGAAUGGCAUUGUGCUCGAUGGAUUUGAUGCCGUUUGAAAAAGUGACUGAUUUACUGCAUGACUCCAGCAGGAGUGACGAAACAAUGCUGUCUUCGUUUGGGUUCUUCUGUAGCAGGAAAUAAAAUUCAGAUUGAGCCUCCUUUGCAGGCAUGUCCUGGACACCGGGCCAGUAUCUAUAUAAGUGUGUAUGUGUGCGUGCAUGUGUAUGCUUGUAGACAUAUGUUUUGGGGGGCUUUCUUGCCUUGAGCCCAAAAGGAUCCUUUAGUACCCAAGGAGUAGCUUGGCUUCCAUCAUCAAGACUGCUCUUGUUUCUCUUCCCCUAGCUGUCUAGAGAAGCUUAUCAAAGCUCAUGUAGAGGCGUGGAGGAGCAGCGUGCUUGAGUACCUAUUUAUUUGCAAUCCACCUGCUCUUAAGGCACUAGGAUAUUUAUACUCAACAUACUGUACCUGUCCCUUAGACUUUAUUAAUGCUACUCUGCCACUGAAACAUAUUUAAAUUUACCCUUUAGGCUGUAGCCUGGAUAUUGUUCUUAAGUUUGCCUUUUUUUUUUCAUCACUGGCCAACUAUAAGAGGUCCAUGUGUACAUGGCAAGGUUCGUGCGAUGUCUUGCAAGAGUCAGGUAUGCUGCCUUCCUGGUUUUCCUCUUCUAGGUCCCUUAGACUACGUUUAGAGAACUGUGGCCAUGUAUCUGGAAGUAACCAUUUGCACUGGAGUUCUAUGCUCUCGCACCUUUCCAAAGGUAACAAGUUUUGAGGUUUUGUUGUUACAUAAGAGAUUGUUGCUGUUUGCCAUACUUUGUCUGAAAAUUUCCUUUGCGUUUCUGUUGACUUUCAUUAAAGUAAGAAAAGUGGUUGUUCAUAGUAGAUGUCCAGGUACUUCAGGGGCACCUCACUGAGAGUUUUGUCUUGGAUAUUCUUGAAAGUUUAUAUUUUUAUAAUUUUUUUUUUUUACAUCAGAUGU